AUGGGGAAAGCAAAAGUAUGGAGAGAAGAAGUGACCUGGCUUGCGAGCAAAGUUGGUGUGGAUGACUACAGCUCAGAGUCUGAUGUGAUUAUUAUACCUUCAGCCCUGGACUUUGUCUCACAAGAUGAAAUGUUGACGCCUUUGGGAAGACUGGACAAGUACGCUGCAAGUGAGAACAUAUUUAACAGGCAAAUGGUGGCUCGAAGUUUGCUGGACACCUUGAAGGAAGUCAGUGAUGACGAGAGAGAUUGUAUUGCUGUUUUGGAGAGAAUCAGCAGAUUAGCUGAUGAUUCAGAGCCAACCGUGCGGGCAGAACUGAUGGAACAGGUACCUCAUAUUGCUAUGUUUUGUCAAGAAAACAGACCUUCAAUCCCAUACGCUUUUUCCAAAUACUUACUUCCUAUCGUAGUACGAUACCUCGCAGACCAGAAUAACCAGGUAAGAAAAACAAGCCAGGCUGCAUUGCUAGUUCUGUUGGAGCAAGAACUCAUAGAGAGAUACGAUGUGGAGACCAAAGUAUGUCCUGUUCUCAUAGAACUGACAGCUCCAGACAGCAAUGAUGAUGUGAAGACGGAAGCUGUGGCAAUAAUGUGCAAAAUGGCCUCUAUGGUGGGAAAGGACAUCACAGAAAGACUUGUUCUGCCUAGGUUUUGUGAGAUGUGCUGUGACUGCAGAAUGUUUCAUGUUCGUAAGGUAUGUGCAGCCAAUUUUGGAGAUAUCUGCAGUGUGGUUGGGCAGCAAGCCACUGAAGAAAUGCUGCUGCCGAGGUUUUUCCAACUCUGUUCUGAUAACGUGUGGGGAGUUCGGAAAGCCUGUGCCGAGUGCUUCAUGGCUGGGUAUGGAGAACAUAACUUGUUUCAUGUACCUGAUGGAAGAUUAUUUAUUUAUGUGAUUUGUUUUUAAUGGGACCCCUUCCACUAGGUCCGCCAAGCUGCCUUUCAGUCUCUGGGACCUUUCAUAUCAACUUUUGCUAACCCAUCCAGCAGUGGCCAGUAUUUUAAAGAAGAAGAUGGUAAAAACCCAGAGGAUCUUGGUUCUGCACAGGAAAAUGGUGAACAGAUCAGGACUGCAGAAGAAGUCACAACAGAGGAUGAGCACAAUAGGACAGAGGAUCCGUCUUUGCAUGUCAGUAAUGACAAAUUUGCACCAGAACUUGACAAUGCCAUGGAAGAUCAAAAUUCAAUGACACAGAGCUCCCAGAGGGAAACGGAUUUCCAGUCUGAGUCAUCCUUUCAUUGCACUUCAGAGCCUUGUGGGAAAAUGGCUGAUGAGAACGAGCGAGGCUCUCACCAUUGCACAGCGGGACUGCAGGAGACUGGUGUGAGUUCACAAGAAACCUCUCUCUCAGAGCAGGAAUUAUAUAACUCUUUCCAUUUCUGGAGGACUCCACUUCCUGAAAUAGAUAUUGACUUGGAGCUUCUGCAGACUUCUGAGAUAAUACUCAACAGAGAAAUUCAGGAACUCACUAUGCCAGUGUCCUCAAACAUUCCCAUGGCAACAAGGAAGGAGUUGGAAGAAAUGAUAGAAAAUUUGGAACCCCAUAUAGAUGAUCCAGAUGUUAAAGGUAUAGUAAAGAUUCUGAAGCAUUUUUAAUAUUUGGAAAUUCACAUGUGCUUCUUUAGCAGUUUGAGCUUCAACUUUUGGCUUUCUUAACAGCAGGCAAUGAAAGUACUUUCUCCUGGUCCCCAGAGAGAUUAUAUCUGCUUUGAUU